AUGACAAUUUUCUCAAAAGUAAUGCUGUUGCGCGGCGUGUGCUCUGGAUCCGAUGCUCGUCUGCGUCAAUAUAGCUCGGCAGCGCAGUCGCAGCUGCGCGAGCUGCUCAGCGACCAGCUGUCGAGCAUCAAGGAGGCGGGAACUUUUAAAUCGGAGCGCAUUAUCACCUCGUCGCAGAGCACACAGAUAACGGUGCAGGGCAGCGAUCAGAAGAUCCUCAACUUUUGUGCAAACAACUAUCUGGGCCUGGCGAACGAUCCGCAAAUUGUGAAAUAUAGUCAGCAGCUGCUGGAGAAGUAUGGCGCAGGACUGAGCUCAGUGCGCUUUAUUUGUGGUACCCAGGACAUUCACAAGCAGCUGGAGCAGAAGCUGGCGCGGUUCCAUGGACGCGAGGAUACCAUUUUGUACGCCUCGUGCUUCGAUGCGAACGCGGGCUUAUUCGAGGCCAUACUCACGCCAGAGGAUGCUGUCUUCUCGGACGAACUGAACCAUGCCUCCAUCAUCGACGGCAUACGUCUGUGCAAGGCCAGGAAGCAGCGCUAUAAGCAUCGCAACCUGGCCGACCUGGAACAGCAGCUGCGGGCAAGCGAUGCUCGUGUCAAGCUCAUUGCCACCGAUGGGGUCUUCUCGAUGGAUGGCAACAUUGCACCGCUGGCGAGAAUUGUGGAGCUGGCCAAGAAAUACAAUGCACUGGUGUUUGUAGACGAAUGCCAUGCCACGGGCUUCUUUGGAGCCACGGGACGCGGCACUGAGGAGUAUGCCAAUGUUAUGGGUGAGGUCGACAUUAUUAACUCGACCCUGGGCAAGGCAUUGGGUGGCGCUUCCGGUGGUUACACGACCGGACCUGCGGAGCUGAUUUCCUUUUUGCGGCAGAAAUCACGGCCCUAUCUGUUCUCCAAUACGCUGCCGCCCGCCGUUGUGGGUGUGGGCCUAAAAGUUAUGGAUAUGCUGCUCACCUCCAGCGAACUCACCCAGCGCGUCCAAAGCAACACACUGAGAUUCCGGUCAGCCAUGACCAAAGCGGGCUUUGUAAUUGCCGGCGAGGAACAUCCGAUCUGUCCAGUCAUGCUGGGCGACGCACGCUUAGCCUCCGCAUUCGCCGAUCAAAUGUUGUCACGUGGCAUCUAUGUUGUGGGCUUCAGCUAUCCGGUGGUGCCACAGGGCAAGGCUCGCAUACGCGUGCAAAUCUCUGCCGCGCAUACGGAAGCGGAAAUCGAUCGCGCCAUCGCAGCAUUCGUCGAGGUGGGCCGCACUCUGAAGGUGAUCAAAUGAGAGGCGGAGUUGUUGGCGCGAAUCGUAAAUUUCAAGUAUUUUGUGUUGCAUUUAUGUGGAAACCUAUUGCAUUUACGAAUAAAGACAAAGAGAACUAAAUAAA